UUCGACCCUUUGAAUGUAAAUGCACUUUUCCUGGCAACUCUGUUGCACAUCUGGAUCCCUCUUCCAGUUCUGCUGGGGCAGCAGGUUGCUUUUGAGGGGCAGUUUGGGGGUGUGCACCUGCCCCAGUGAGAUUGGAAGCAGGAAGUGCCCAUCUGUGGGCUCCCAGCCUCGCAGGGCGUGCUCAGGAAAUGAUGCGAUCAGGACGCCUCGACCACAUCCUUUUCUGCCACUGUUGUCAAAGUGGAGGCAACCUUUGCUUUGUCGGGGAAGUUCCUCUAAGGCAGAGCUGCACACUUGGGGGUCCGCAAACCAAGGAAUCUGCCGUUUAUCAGUUUGGCUUCUACCUGAUGCGCCCAUUCUGAUUCUGGAUGCGGCUUUGAUGUGGCUCCAUCGCAGUGGCCCACCCCCUGCUACGUUGUCAACGCCGGCCCCCUCGACAGGAGCCCAGAUGCCUCCUUCCUCUGUGGCCUCCCCGCUCAGCGAGUGUGGCAGUUGCCUGCUGAUCAUGACAGGCAUCGCCUUCGUUGCCGGCCUUUUCAUCGUGAUCUCGGCCAUCCUCUGCGACCGGGUCUUUCGUGGGUCCCUGCCCUCAGAAAGAAGGGGGCUGCCGUCUGUCUGGAGGCAAGGCGGGACGCUGUGGAUUGAGCCUUCCAGGAGCCGCAGGGAGCCAGAUCUCCUAUCUAGGCCAUCAGAAACGGUGCCCCUUUGGAUCCAGCGCUCAAACGACUGGUUUCUGGAGCAAGGGAGCUGCGAUUCCCCCGAAGAUACCCAGAUGGAGACGCAGAGCCCAAGCAGCUCGGCCCCUUUCUGGGAUGACGGCGAACCCACCUGGAGGAUACAGCCACGCGUCACCCUGCAGGACCUAGAGAGCUUUUUCCAGCACAGCGGUCGGGGUACCUAGAGUGUUCCGUGGCUGGUUUCACUUAAGGCGCCCAAAACCUUCCCUGCCCACUCCACUCCUUCCUGAAUCCAAGAAAGCUCAAAGGUCACUGUGGGGUGUGAGAUGGAAAAUUUCACUCUUGGGGUGUUAGGGCUUGGGUGGGAGUGUGUGGGAAAUUGGCAAGAAAACAUCUGGGGGUUUUUUAAUACCCUGCUGGUUGGUGUAAACAUAGGCUAUGAUUAAAGGACAUCGGGAAGGAGAAUUCUGGGACCAAGGAGUUAACGUCUCAGUGUGCUGGGGAAGGAGGCAAAAAUGGAAAGUCAUUUUUUAAAAAAUAAGUAAUGAGAAAACCCACAGAGGUUUUGCUUCAUCAGAUACCCAUUUUUUAAGCUUUCCAACCUGACUCACUUCAUACAUCUCCCAUGCAAAAUAUGCCAUUUUGGCAUAAAGGGUUGGGGCCCUCCGGUUUCCUACAAGUGAUCGGUCCUUAAGGACUGCCUCCCCGCACAUUAAACUCCCCGAACAGGAAGAUUGUACGGUCACAGUGUUAAAAGGGGCUUCAGAGCUCAACUAGACCAACCCGCUGCUGAUGCAGGAUGAAAGCAGGCUUUCAAAAACCGCAACUGUGCAUCUGACAUGCGCAAGAGUGAAUGUGGCAACGAAGCAAAUGGCGGACGUUUUGUAAUGGUUCUUGUGCUCUUGGCAGUUUAUGCUAAUAUGCUGAUUAAAAAAAAAUAUGGUUGA